AUGGCUCUCAUGGCAUACGCGUUGGUGGUUAGCGCGGUGGCAGUGGCUGUGGCCUCUUAUGAACCGUACGUCUACGCUUCUCCACCGCCACCAACAACAACAUACUCGUCUCCAUCUCACAAAAACAAAUCUCCUUACUACUACAAAUCACCACCGUCUCCUCUAAAAUACAGAAGAGACGGUCCUAAAUACAAGCCUCAUCCUAAACAAUACGUUUACAAAUCUCCACCACCUCCUCCUUAUUACUCACCUUCUCCAAAACCCGAGUACAAAUCUCCACCACCUCUAUACAUCUAUAACUCUCCCCCGCCUCCGCCCUACUAUUCUCCAUCUCCAAAACCUGAGUACAAGUCUCCACCACCACCGUACGUUUACACUUCUCCUCCACCUCCGCCAUACUACUCUCCAUCUCCCAAAUCUGAGUACAAGUCCCCACCACCACCGUAUGUUUACACUUCUCCCCCACCUCCUCCAUACUACUCUCCAUCUCCAAAACCUUAGUACAAGUCUCCACCACCACCGUAUGUUUACAGUUCUCCUCCACCUCCGCCAUACUACUCUCCUUCUCCAAAACCUGAGUACAAGUCUCCACCACCGCCGUAUGUUUAUAGUUCUCCUCCACCUCCGCCGUACUACUCUCCUUCUCCAAAACCUGAGUACAAGUCUCCACCACCGCCAUACGUUUACACUUCUCCCCCACCUCCGCCAUAGUACUCUCCCUCUCCAAAACCCGAGUACAAGUCUCCACCACCACCGUAUGUUUACAGUUCUCCUCCACCUCCGCCAUACUAUUCUCCCUCUCCAAAACCCGAGUACAAGUCUCCACCACCGCCAUACCUUUACACUUCUCCCCCACCUUCGCCAUACUAUUCUCCUUCUCCAAAACCUGAGUACAAGUCUCCUCCACCACCGUAUGUUUAUAGUUCUCCUCCACCUCCGCCAUACUACUCUCCCUCUCCAAAACCGAAGUAUAAGUCUCUACCACCACCGUACAUUUACAGCUCUCCCCCACCUCCACCAUACUACUCUCCAUCUCCCAAAUCCGAGUACAAGUCUCCCCCACCACCGUAUGUUUACACUUCUCCCCCACCUCCGCCAUACUACUCUCCAUCUCCAAAACCUGAGUACAAGUCCCCACCACCACCGUAUGUUUACACUUCUCCUCCACCUCCGCCNUACUACUCUCCAUCUCCCAAACCUGAGUACAAGUCUCCCCCACCACCGUAUGUUUACAAUUCUCCUCCACCUCCGCCGUACUACUCUCCAUCUCCAAACCCUGAGUACAAGUCUCCACCACCACCGUAUGUUUACACUUCUCCUCCACCUCCGCCUUACUACUCUCCAUCUCCCAAACCUGAGUACAAGUCUCCCCCACCACCGUAUGUUUACAGUUCUCCUCCCCCUCCGCCAUACUACUCUCCUUCUCCAAAACCUGAGUACAAGUCACCGUACGUUGACACUUCUCCCCCACCUCCUCCAUACUACUCUCCAUCUCCAAAAUCUGAGUACAAGUCCCCACCACCACCGUAUGUUUACACUUCUCCCCCACCUCCUCCAUACUACUCUCCAUCUCCAAAACCUGUGUACAAAUAA